AUGCGAUGGUUGCAGCUGACUCGUGCGGCAUCCGGAUUGCGCCGCAGCGUACCCUCCACGCUAUGUAUUGUUCCAAAAAAAUCGCGUCAAUUGCGCAAAUUCAGUGCCGCUGUUUCAGACUUAGAAGUGCCGCCUUUUGCACCGGACUUCCCCGUGCCUGAGGGCUACAUGAACAACUUGCGCAAUAUUGGUAUUUCAGCGCACAUUGACUCUGGCAAGACAACUCUCACGGAAAGAAUUCUCUUCUACACCGGCCGUAUCAAUGCUAUUCAUGACGUUCGCGGAAAAGACGGUGUCGGGGCCAAGAUGGACUCAAUGGAACUAGAGCGCGAAAAGGGUAUUACAAUUCAGUCAGCCGCCACUUACUGUUCGUGGAAGGACUCGAAUAUAAAUAUUAUCGAUACUCCUGGUCACGUUGACUUUACUAUCGAAGUCGAGAGAGCACUGCGUGUGCUAGAUGGUGGUGUGCUCGUACUCUGUGGAGUCUCGGGCGUGCAGAGCCAGUCGCUCACAGUAGACAAGCAGAUGAAGCGGUAUGGUGUGCCACGUAUCGCUUUUAUUAACAAACUUGAUCGCAUGGGUGCUAAUCCUUGGAAAGUCAUUCGGGAUCUGCGUACACAGCUCAAGCUGAACGCCUGGGCAUUACAGGUGCCAAUCGGUGCCGAAAAUGAUCUUGAAGGUGUCGUGGAUCUCUUAACUAUGAAGGCUUUGCGCAAUAAGGGCGUUAAUGGUGAAAUUAUUGAGGAAUCGGAUCAAAUUUCGGAUGAGACCCGUGCUUUGGCCGAAGAGAAGCGUCUGGAGCUGAUUGAAGCACUUGCUGAUGUCGACGACGAUAUCGCUGAGUUGUUUUUAAUGGAAGAAGAGCCAACCAUCGAGCAAUUACAAAAAGCCAUUCGCCGUGCUACUAUUGCGCACAAGUUUGUACCUGUAAUGAUGGGUUCGGCAUUUAAGAACCGCGGGGUUCAGCCUAUGCUUGAUGGGGUUAUUCUGUAUCUACCCAGUCCGUCGGAGAUCAAAAAUUAUGCAUUAGACCAGUCUAAAAGUGAAGCUCGUGUGAGCGUCGCGUGUUCACCAGAGGCGCCAUUGCUGGCACUUGCUUUUAAGCUCGAGGAAGGCAAAUUUGGUCAGCUUACUUACAUGCGUGUAUAUUCUGGAACACUGAAGCGUGGUGGAUUUAUAUACAAUAUGAGCGACAUGAAGCGUAUAAAAGUGCCACGGCUAGUAAAGAUGCACUCGAACGAGAUGCAAGAAGUGGAAGAAGUGGGUGCUGGCGAGGUCGUAGCCAUGUUUGGCGUCGAAUGUGCCAGUAUGGACACGUUCAGUGACACAAACCAAGGCAAGUUUACGCUUACGAGUCUGCAUGUGCCUGAGCCGGUGAUGUCAUUGGCUGUGACUCCUAAGAACAAGCAGCAGAUCGGCAAUUUUUCCAAGGCGCUGAAUCGGUUCCAAAAAGAAGACCCAACAUUUCGCGUGCGUGUGGACAGCGACAGUAAAGAAACGAUCAUUAGCGGCAUGGGUGAGUUGCAUCUACAGAUCUACGUUGAGCGCAUGAAGCGUGAGUACAGCGUUGACGUCGAGACAGGUGCUCCGCAGGUUAAUUACCGCGAGACGAUCCGUCAGCGUAGCGAGUUCAAUUACUUGCACAAGAAGCAGAGCGGUGGUUCUGGCCAGUAUGCACGUGUCGUGGGGUACAUUGAACCUCUGACGGACAAAGAGAUGGAAGAGCUCAAAGAAGAAGGCAACACGUCAGGUGUUGUAUUCAAAAACGCUAUCAUAGGAAACGCUAUUCCGCCAGAGUAUAUUGCGGCUUGUGAAAAGGGAGUAAACGAUGCGAUACAGAAGGGAUGGCUUAUUGGUCAUCCAGUGCAACGGAUGCGGGUUGUGGUGAAUGAUGGUCAAUCCCAUUCCGUGGAUUCCAGUGAGCUUGCUUUCCGUACUGCGAUGGUGCUGGCAAUACGCCAGGCGUUCAUGCAGGCUGAACCUUGUAUUUUGGAGCCUAUCAUGGCUGUGGAAGUGGAAGUGCCCAAUGAGUUUCAGGGUACGGCCAUCGCUGAAAUCAACCGUCGUCGCGGUCUUAUCAAUAGUAGCGACGCCGACGACUUGCAAACGGUUAUCAAAUGUGAUGUGCCUUUGCAAAAUAUGUUUGGCUUCUCGACGGAUCUGCGUUCGUCCACGCAGGGAAAAGGCGAGUUUACAAUGGAGUACAAUACGCACGGAGUUGUCAUGCGUGACAUGCAAGAGAAACUAGUGGCCGAGUACGCUAAGGAGUUGGCCGCAAAGAACAAAUAG